AUGGCUGACGAAACCGAUACCGGAACACCGGCCAUCCAGUCCGAGUCUUCCCAAUCCCCUCCCAGCGAACCAGGAAAAAUGGGGGCCACCAAAGCAGCCAUAAGUAUGGCAGUGAACGGGAACACGCUAGGUGGGGAAGGGACCGUAGCAUUUAGGCUAUCCGAUGCCGACGAGCCUGAGCUACGCGACGAGACGGGCUCUGCAGAAUCCGCGCUUGUGCCUACCCCUUCAACAGGAUUGGAGAUUUCGGAAGACAGGGCUUCGGAGCUCCAGGGCGAACCUGCCAGACGGCCUUCUCAGAUCUCUCUGACCACUGCCGAGCUACUGGAUAGGGAGCUCCCGCCUUUACCGGAUCCCCUCCCAGACCCGACUCCCGUGACCCCCAAAGCAGGAAUUCCCAUACCUAUAUCGACAGAUCGCCCGCCUUUCUCCCAUCAUCAGGAGCCAGUUGAUCGGCCGCAAACCCCUACUGCCAUGGCGCGUACAUCUUCCCGGAACGCCCCUGCAACGACCAGCACGGGAAAGCGGUUUAAAAACUCAUCUGUGUCAAACAACAACGGUGCACAGCCGACCUUAUCGUCGAUGGUUUUUGUGGUACAAGCUUUAGAAUCAAUUCUUGCCGCAAAAGAAACGAAGCGACGGAAACCGCUUGCGGACUCGAUUCAAAGGGCCUUGGAUGCUAUAAAGUCGGCAGCCCCGGAGUUACCACCGGACCCUGCUGUAGUAUUUGAACCCUUGCAAGUUGCAUGCUCCAUCCAGAACACGCAAAUUAUGAUUACUGCUCUUGAUUGCAUUGGGAAGUUAAUAAGCUACUCAUAUUUCUCUGUUUCUACGGCACCGCCUCAAAUACCCCCAACGCCUAGCACCGCAGCAUCUGUAGAUGAUGCACCAACAAGCAGGCGGGUGGAGCCCCCGCCACCUACGGCACCAACACCUCUGAUUGAAAGAGCAAUUGAAACUAUUUGCGAUUGCUUCCAGGGAGAUAUGACACCAGACCAAGUCCAGCUUCAGAUCAUUAAGGCCUUGUUGGCAGCUGUCCUAAAUGAUAAGGCUGUCGUACAUGGCGCAGGGCUCUUGAAAGCUAUCAGACAAACCUACAAUAUAUUUCUGCUCUCCCGGAGCAGUCCCAAUCAAAUGACUGCGCAGGGCACAUUAACACAAAUGGUACAUACCGUUUUUGAGAGGGUCAAGAUUCGGAUUUCUAUGAAGGAGGCAAAUCUAGCUCAUGCAAAUGGGGAGAACGAUAGCUCGACAAACCUAGCCAUUCCGAUUCUCCACGCAGAUGAUGGGAGCUCACAUACGGGUGAUGGAGAUGCCGUUCCAGAAAGCCCGGGCCUUAUCGCGAAUAGGGCGCCUCAGGAGAAGAUAACAUUGCAGAGUUUUGAAAACAGGAAGAGUUUUGACGAUGAGAGAAUUGUUGAUAAUGCGCCUACGACGGUAACUCAUACCCCGAGAAAAGGGCACCCUAGCGAAAGUGGGCCCGUGCCAGACGGUUCCGUAGCAUCUUCAGAAGGCCAUGAUGAGGAGGAUGAAAUCUUCGUCAAAGAUGCUUUCCUGGUAUUUAGGGCGAUGUGCAAAUUGUCUAUCAAAACAUUACCCGCGGAGCAAAUUGCGGAUCUCAGGUCACAACCAAUGAGAAGUAAACUGCUGAGUUUACAUCUAAUCCACACAAUCUUGAAGAGUCACAUGGUAGUUUUUGUUUCUCCCCUGAGCACCAUCCGGAGCUCAAGUAGUGCAGAGGCUACUAGCUUUAUGCAUGCUAUGAAACAGUAUCUCUGCUUGAGUCUUAGCCGUAAUGCAGCCAGCGCUGUAGGACUGGUGUUCGAAGUUUGUUGUGAAAUAUUCUGGUUAAUGAUAUGCCAUAUGAGAGUCAUGCUCAAGGUCAAUAUCUCCACACACACACACCACCACCACCUGAUUUAUAAAACUCUGACACCUAGCGGGAAUAUAGAAAGAGAUUGAGGUUUUCUUGAAAGAGAUUUACCUUAAUAUCUUGGAUAACAGACACUCGAGUGGGCAGCAAAAGCAAUAUCUCCUUGGUAUCUUGCAUCGUAUUUGUGCAGACCCUAGAGCUCUCGUUGAGAUUUACCUGAACUACGAUUGUGACAGAUCUGCCUUGGACAACAUGUUUCAGAGGUAAGUUUCACCUACGAUCACCAAAGAGGAUCUUGUGAAGUGGUAACAAUUUUAGAAUCAUCGAGCAUCUUUCGCGGAUAUCGGCAACCCAAGUUACCAUAAAUGAACAGCAGCAGCAAAACUUUAGAGAGCAGUAUAAGAGCGCCGCAGCAGCCUCUACCCACGGGUUUUCUCUACCACCUUCGCUUUCCACCGCGAGCAUAGCUACGGCACCCACUUCCGCAGGAGACCCACCAUUUCCACUAGAGUAUGCCCUCAAGCGGCAAUCAUUGGAAUGCCUCAUCGAGGUCCUACAGUCGCUUGUCUCCUGGUCCCGAGAGGGGCUUGUCGGUGCGCUCCGGGAGUCGGCUAAUAGGGAACUCGACGAAGGAAGGGAUUCAAUAGACAAUCCCCAUUCGUCACCGCGGCUGUCUGCCGUCACAACGCCAGUUCUAGCAACCCCCCAGCCAGAGCUGGAGAGAAGAACAUCUUCGACUGAUAUAGAUGGGAUGGUGGACGACCCUAGCCAGAUAGAAAAAGCGAAGCAAAGAAAAACAGCGUUAGUAGAGGCCAUUAGAAAAUUCAACUUUAAGCCAAAACGAGGAAUCAAGGAGUUGAUAGAGAAGGGUUUCAUCAAGAGUUCUUUGCCUCAACAUAUAGCGGAGUUCAUUCUCGUCAAUACUAACUCGCUUGACAAGAGGACUGUUGGAGAAUAUCUCGGCGAGGGUGAUGCGGAGAAUAUCGCUACUAUGCACGCAUUUGUGGAUGCAAUGGACUUCUCGAGGAUGCGAUUCGUAGAUGCGUUACGGAAAUAUCUACAAGCUUUCAGAUUACCAGGAGAGGCCCAGAAGAUCGAUCGCUUCAUGUUGAAAUUCGCGGAACGAUACAUAUCCGGGAAUCCAAAUGCCUUUGCGAACGCUGACACGGCAUAUGUCUUAGCGUAUUCCGUCAUUAUGUUGAACACCGACCAACACAGCUCAAAGCUGAAGGGAAAAACACGGAUGACCCCCGACGAUUUUGUCAAGAACAAUCGCGGUAUCAACGAUAACGCAGAUUUGCCUGAAGAAUACCUACUUGCUAUCUACGAGGAAAUCCGAACCAAUGAAAUUGUUCUUGAGGGGGAAAGGGAUCCAUCAAAGAUAGAUCCAACGGUACAAUCGGCGGGCGGAAUUGUUGAAGGAAUUGGAAGAGUGCUCGCAAAUGCUGGAAGGGAUCUCGAGAGAGAGGCAUAUGUACAGGCAAGUCAGGAGAUGGCAAAUAAGACCGAAGUAGGUAACCUUCCGAAAUUUUUAACGGCUAAAAUAACAUAACUCGUGGCAUUCGUAGCAAUUAUUCAAAACAUUACUCCGCGCUCAGCGACGAGGAGGUGCAAGGCCGGGAUUGUCGAGAUUUAUCGCCGCUUCAUCGUCAAAGCACGUAGGACCUAUGUUUGAAGUCACCUGGAUGUCAGUACUCUCCGGGCUUUCUGGAGCUGCUCAAGAUUCAAACGAAACCGAGACGAUCCGGCUAUGUAUGGAGGGGUUCAAGCUUGCCAUCCGAGUGGCAUGUUUCUUCGACCUUGAAACUGCGAGAAUCGCCUUCGUUUCUGCGCUCGCCAAAUUCACUCACCUUAGCAACUUAGGAGAGAUGAAGCCGAAGAAUGUGGAAGCCCUCAAGGUUCUAUUGGAAGUUGCCCAGAGUGAAGGAAAUCUUCUCAAGAGCUCAUGGAGGGACGUCCUAACUUGUAUCAGUCAGCUUGAGCGUUUCCAGCUUAUCAGCUCUGGAGUGGACGAGGGGUCCGUACCUGAUGUUACAAAGGGAGGGAUUGUUCGUCCCGAUGGCAAUGAAUCUUUAAAGUCAUCACGAGCUUCAAUGCAAACCGCGAGGCCGCGUCCCCGACAACGGGCGACUAUCGGCACCCCUUACCAGGCUGAGGUUGCGGAGGAGAGUCGGUCGAGAGAGGUCGUCGUUGCCGUGGACAAGAUCUUUGCCAACACAAGCAAGCUUGGCGGAGAAGGGAUUGUACAUUUUGUGCGGGCCCUGAGUGAGGUUUCGUGGCAGGAGAUACAAUCAUCAGGACAGAGCGAGCACCCCCGAAUGUUCAGCCUGCAAAAGCUCGUCGAGAUAAGUUACUACAACAUGGGAAGAAUCAGGGUGGAGUGGAGUAAUCUUUGGAAUAUCCUCGGGGAGCACUUCAAUCAGGUUGGUUGCCUCUUGUGGUCGGAUACUUGGGCUGUGCUAAUUGCUGUUAAAUAGGUUGGUUGCCACUCGAACACAAGCGUAGUAUUCUUUGCCUUGGACUCGUUGAGACAACUGUCAAUGCGAUUUCUGGAGAUUGAGGAACUCCCCCAUUUCAAAUUCCAAAAGGAUUUCCUGAAGCCCUUUGAGCAUGUCAUGGCGAAUAACCAAGUGGUGCCUGUUAAAGAUAUGGUGGGUCUUGCCAAAGUAUAUGUACUACCACCUUCCGCUAAUUACGGGCGGUUAUGUAGGUCCUGAGAUGCUUGAAUCAAAUGUUACAAGCCAGGGGCAACAAUAUCAGAUCCGGCUGGCGAACAAUGUUCGGCACAUUUACCUUUGCAGCGAAAGAGAAUUACGGUAGGUCCAAUGGUAACCUGCCAUAUUGAAAUUGAAAUAUGCUAAUGUUCUGCAGACCAAAUUGUUAACCUGGCUUUCGAAAAUGUCCGUAAAAUCUACAGCAGCCGUUUCGGAGUUAUCGUUGCGCAGGGGGCCUUUGCGGACAUGAUCAUUUGUCUAACCGAGUUUGCUAAGAACACCCGAUUCCAAAAGGUGUCCCUGCAAGCCAUCGAGACUCUGAAGGGGACGGUGCCACGCAUGCUCUCUUGCCCGGAAUGCCCGCUCUCGGAGAAGGUCGAUGGGAGUGGCGAGACGGAGACCACCAAUAGGCAGCCAAAGAGGGAUGUCCGGAACGUCAAAGAUGACCCGAUGGUUAAGUUUUGGUUUCCAGUGCUCUUUGCCUUCCAUGACAUCUUGAUGACUGGAGAAGAUCUUGAGGCUCGAACAAGGGCGCUUAGUUACCUCUUUGAUACGCUGGUCAAAUAUGGCGGCGAUUUCCCAUCAGACUUCUGGGAUACUAUUUGCCACGAAUUGCUCUUCCCCAUAUUUAUGGUGCUCAAGUCCCGGUCUGAGAUGAUACAGAUGGGCAACCAGGAAUCUGUUGGCAUGUGGCUCUCAACAACCAUGAUCCAGGCCCUUAGAAAUCUGAUUGCUUUGUUUACACACUACUUUGAGAAACUUGAGCGGAUGCUUGAUGGCUUCCUUGAUUUACUGGUUACAUGCAUCUGCCAGGAGAAUGACACAAUUGCCCGAAUUGGGUCAUCUUGCCUACAACAGCUCAUUUUGCAGAGCGUCAAGAAACUCAGGCCAGAGCAUUGGACGAAGAUAGUCAAUUCCUUUGUCCAGCUAUUCGAGACUACAACGGCGGAUCAAUUAUUCUCCACAGUCAGUCAACCUUCUGGAAGAACAGCUAGCGGGUCAAGCAUACAAACAAUGACAACUAUUCCGGUUAACGAUAUCAAGGGACCUAUCAGCGAGGUUGUAAGCGACGAGGAGACUGAUGGAGAGAAUUCCUUAAAGAUCAAUGACCUUUCAGAGCCUGCCCCGGGUGAGGGGGAUGAAGAAUCCGGGGACAGAACCAUCUCCCCGGAAAAUGCAAGAGCCGCAACCGGACCACAAGGCUCUACCCCUAAUGUCGAUCUGGAGGACUACCGGCCACAACAGCACACCCAACAACCGGUUGUAACCGCCGCCAGGAGGCGUUUCUUCAACAAGAUCAUCACCAAAUGUGUCCUUCAGCUUCUUAUGAUCGAGACUGUGUCAGAGCUUUUCUCCAAUGAUGCAGUAUACUCAGAAAUCCCGUCAACCGAGCUACUAAGACUGAUGGGUCUUUUGAAAAAGAGCUUCACUUUUGCAAGAAGGUUCAACGGCGAUAAAGAGCUUCGAAUGAGGCUAUGGCGCGAAGGCUUUAUGAAACAGCCACCAAAUUUGCUAAAGCAGGAGAGCGGUAGUGCCGCAACCUACGUUAGUAUCCUAUUGAGGAUGUACCAGGAUGACCAAAUCGAGAGGAGAGAGAGCAGAGGUGCCAUUGAGGCUGCCCUGAUCCCGUAUGCACCCCCUUUUUCUAUUGUUUAUUUUCCUUUUCAUACCUGAUGUUAAUAUUUGCUACAGACUGUGCGUGGAUAUCAUUCGCGGCUACAUCAUUCUCGAUGAAGAAACCCAACAGCGUAACAUUGAUGCCUGGAGACCGGUCGUUGUAGACGUUAUGGACGGGUACACCAAUUUCCCCGAAAAGGACUUUGACCGCCAUGUUGAUACGUUCUUCCCGCUAGCUGUUGAACUCCUGGGUAGAGAGCCAGGUCCCGAAGUGCGAAUAGCGCUUCAGAACAUCCUCAGGAGGGUAGGGGAGGUCCGAAAGAUGGGUGUUAUGGGGAGGGUGAGAGUUAGGGAUAGAAGGACCAGUGAGGUUAGUGGAAGGAAGUUGACAUAGUUAAUGUUUAUUCGUUUAAAAAAGCCCCCAUAGAGAGUAACUUUCUUGUCUUCUUGUCUUUUCCUUGAUCACUUUUGUUCCUGGUUCCUAAUUUCCUAUUUCCAUUGUGAUACUUUGGUUCUCUCAAAAAGAUAUUACUGUUUGGACAUCACACUUUUUCUUUUCCUUUUUUUUUCUCUUUUCUUUUUUCGUUUAUCAUUUUAUCUUUACAUUUAGGCCAGGAAGUCAGCGGGAUCGCGGGUUUCCAACAAUUCAAUCUGUAAAAAAAAUAGACAGAAUCCCCAAAGGGAAGGGGCUUGUAACACCACAGUAGAGCGCCGAUAUUGGUUUUGGAUGGGAGCUUCGUGGAGCCGAAUAAAUUAAUAAAGUUACUAAUUCCACACGGUUCAUAUCAUGGAUUCGACGUUACCACCACUUCCUUUAUAUAUGGUGCCCAUCCUUACCGCUAACCUCUUGGCGUGAAAACGACCUUCACCAGAUAAUGCGGUAUUGUACCACAACAAUCAUACCUGACAAAAAAGGAGAAAAGAGAAGUCAUACUGAAUCAUUUUAAGAACAAAGUGGUAAUGCUAGCAUCACAGUUUGCAGGGAAACGGCGGGAAGAAGAAUAAAAGGGGAAGGGCGGAUGGUUGGCCCCCUAGAGUUUGAACACCUCUACUAAUUUAUUCUAUGAACAAAAGAAGAAUAAGGAACCACUAACCAUCUCUAUACAAUUUUGGGCAUUUUAGCCCCCUUCCCGCCUGGGUUUUUUCCGGCCGCCCCGGCACCCGCGGCAUGGACUACCAGCCCCUCGAGCAGCAUUGCCAAUUGGGAACUCGCCAUUAACUCCUUUUCCUCAGUUCCGAAAUAUUUUUCGCGGAAGAAGAAACCGGGUACUCUACAGUCGCACACCCCGUUGUCGCCGGACGGCCAAAAUCCUAAGAAUCCGUCCGGGACAGCGAGUUAUCCGGGACGACAGGUUCGGUUUUGGUGUAAAGAAGUUUAUAAUUCAUAGAAAUGAAUCCGGAACAACGGGGUGCGACUGUAGCGAUAGUCUAAAGAUAUAUCAGUAUUCCCCAACCCGAGUAAAUAAAUUAGAAGUGCUGCUAUGGGACUUGCGGCGCCCCUAAAGGCUAGCAUCAAGAUAUUGUAGCCACCUGCCAUUGAAGUGCUUUAAGAGACCCUUUGACGUCCCUAAUUUUCUAGAAAAUUAUUAAUGAUAAUAAAGCCAACCUGCCAGUUGAAAGGUGAUUCCCUACUUCGGUAAUCUUGAUAAAAUUGUCCUCGAGGUGAAGAACGUGGGGCUCUCGAUAGAGCAUUUGAUGGUGGUUGGGGCGUCUUGGCUAGCUUUCGCUUGUCU